ACGGUGAGGAUUUUGCUUCAUUUUACACUCAUGUGAAAGUAUUAAUACAGGACUGUGAAUUUGAGAAUGUCGACGAGAUGCUCCGUGAUAAGCUAGUUUUUGGCUCCAAUAACAAUGAAAUAAAAUCGAAAAUGAUUAAAGAAGGCAAUCCCAAGUUGGAUGAUGUGGUGCAGACCUUCAGGCUUGCUGAUAUCUCUUCCAAGCAAGUAGAACAGAUUUUAUCUAAACCUAACCUCGAAAUAAUUCACUCUAGUAAUGUACAUGACAAGAAAAUGAACUAUCAACAACCUUCUGAUAGUGGCCAACACAUUGUUUAUAAAAACGAUAGGGAGGGUAAAGAGUGGUAUCCUGCUCAAAUUGUACGUGCUGGUAAUACCCCUAGAACCUUUAUUAUCAAAGAUGAAAAUGGUCGGGAGAAAGUAAGAAAUACAAUGUUUCUUAAGGAUGCUAAUGGUUUUAAUGAUUGUGUUAUGGAUAAUGUUAAUGAUAGUAGUAAUGCCAAUGUUUGUAGACAAAAAUUCUGGUCUGGAGAGCAAAGGUCUGUCACAUUAACUGGACCCAAAGUUCCUGUAAGGGAGCACAGAGGCUCCAAGACCGCCAAUGACGCACCUCCCCACGCCAGAAUGUCAUACUGCAGCAAAGACUGCACAUACGCAAAGUACACUGUCCUGCAGUGA